UAUUUUCUGACACAUGCUUUCCCUCCCUCAAAAACUUCCGUUUCUACCAAAGACUGUCAGACACUCAGAGCUGCCCUCCUCUCUCUCUCUCUUUCCCAUUCUCUCUUCCUCGUUCCUUCUUCUACAUCGCUUUAUGCUCUGUUCUCGGUUGAGGUUUUCUCCAUGGUUGAAUUGUCCACUUUCAGGUUCCUUAGGAAAAUGAUUUUGCUGCAGGGGACCCUCCAAACCUUGAGUCAGUUAAUAGUUAUAACGGGUUAGUCUUUGCUGAAGAUAGGGGCUUUGCAAUGAGGUUUUGGCUGUUGCAUUUGGACUGAUUGCUUGUGAGACAGAGGAGCUAUCAACAACUCAAAAGUCUAUUUAUAUAUGGAUAAAACUGGUAUCCAUCCCGUCAGCGAAGGAAGCUGUUUUGAAAGACCCAUGAUAACCUUCAAGCGAAGAAACAAAUCGAACCCAAACGACGUUGCCGAAGUAGAAGAGAUUAUAAGCAGCAGAGAAUCGAAAAACCACAGGACAAAUUCUGUAAAUGAAGGAGAUAGACUCAGUGCCUUGAAUGACAAUGUCCUCCUUCAUCUCCUCUCCUUCUUGCCCACCCUAGACGCCAUCAGAACAUGCGUUUUGUCAAAAAGAUGGAGUUACCUGUGGACUUUUGUCCCGGCCCUUAGUUACAACCUGGAGCGCACAAGUUGUUGUAAAAAUGUUGAUGAAUUUGUUUCCUUCGUGGAGAAGACCAUAAUUCUUAAUAAGUCUUCCAAGAUGUUCAAAUUUUUACUUAAUUUCCAGCAGCAUUUUGGGGAGUGUUAUAUGGUCCAUCUUGACUCUAAAGUUCUGGAUAUCUGGACUCGCUUUGCGACCAAGGCAAAUGUAGAGGAGCUCUGUCUUGCAUUAUAUGAAGAUGAUUUUGGCCUACGAUGCACUAUGGAUUAUAAUCUGCACAUGAAUUACUCACUGCCCAAGCAUAUUUUUGGCUGUUCAUCUUUGACCAAGUUGUAUCUGUCACACUGUAAUAUUGUGCCUCAUGGAGUUAUUACCUGGACAUUACUCAAGAGUUUAUCUAUUAAGAAUACCAAAGUAAGUGAUGAUGUGAUGCAGAAAGUAUUGUCCGGGAGUCCAGCACUUGAAGUUCUGGAGAUACGUCGUUGUGCUGGGAUUAAUCGUCUGGAUAUUACUUCUGCCAGUGUGAGAAAAUUGGUGAUAGAAGACUAUUGGAUAUGGAAUAAGGACGAUAUUAGCUUUAUAUAUCCUAGCUCGGAAAUAUUGGAAAUCUUGGCUCCCAAUAUAAAGGUAUUGGAACUUUUAGGUCAUUUUGGGACAAAAUGUCAACUGGUUGAUGUCUCAUCUCUAGUUAGUGCUCAUAUUGGUUUUGAGUUGAAUAAGCGACUGGUGGCCGUUCCUGAUUCUACUAGAGCAGCCAAGUACUACAAAGAAAGUCAAAACAUGCUGAGAGAACUCUUAAGUAGUGUUCGGUUUGUCAAGGAACUCACAUUGGGUGCUUGGUGCUUUCAGAUUAUAACCAAGUUGCUUGAAGUGAAAUAUUUGCAUUCUCCACUACCAGAGUGCGAAAGUUUAAUGCUGAAAGCGAGAAUAAGAGAGUGGGAGCUACAGGGCAUGGCAAAGCUGCUAAGAAAUUUUCCUCCUCUGGUCAAAUUAACCAUAGAUGCUGCAACUUGUAAGCGUACUCAAGAUUUGUUGGACCAUUUUGGAGCUGAGGUAAAGAUCUCCUGGGCAUCCAUAGGAAAGACUUUCAAUUCUCUGCUCUUGCAUGAUCUCAAGACUGUUAAGAUUGUUGGUUCUUGUCUGUGCAAUGAGAAGCAAUCGAUAGCGCUUGCUGAGUUCUUGCUUAAGAAUGCAAACGUACUGGAGACGAUGGUUUUUACCGUAUCAAAAAAAGAUUGUUUCCUGAAAUAUGAAGAGUUUGGUUAUCCUAGAUGUGUUCCUGCACGUUAUACUACCGAAGAUGUGCUAACAAUUGCUGGAAAGUUGCUAAGCUUCCCGAGAUCCUCGCCUCAUGCAAAUAUCAGCUUCUCAUGGUCUAUGCUUUGAUAGAAGAGACAAUAUUGCAAGGAACUUCUGGGACCUGAAUUGCCUUGCUUCCUGUAUUCAUUAUAAUUGCUUUCUGUUCUUUGGUACUAUCAGUGCUAUGUACUCGCUUUCUGUAUUUUCAAUUACGACUGCUAUCUGUUCUUUCAGUCCUUUGACCUUACUCUCUGUAUUUGUUUUGUAGUUGCAGAUGAUGUUAAUUCGCCAAAUUUGUUUACCAUAUGUGACAUUAUUUGAUAUUAUUUCCGUAAUUUUGAGUUAUAUUAA